AUGGACAGGAAUAACAACAAGCGGCCAGGACCCCCAGCGGGCUCAGGAAAGGACAAAAAGCGAGUCAAGAUGCAGCAGGCUCGCUCCAUUCAGAUUCAGAACACACCAUCACCUUCGAGGUCUAUGCACUCUACCCCUGCCGCCUCGCCCAGUGGUUCAAGUACUGCCAAGUCAACAAGAACUCUGGACGUCGUGAACUUUGCAGAGGCUCGCGCGUUCGAGAUCAAUGCAUUGCACAAGGCCAUGGAGUCGUCCAGGAAUGCAGCCGCUCAACGCGCGUUCCAGAGUCUUCCCCGGAACCUGAGGCGUCGAGCUGCCAGUCAUAACAUCAAGCGCCUUCCUGUCCGUCUGCGGGACCGAGCCAAGCGAGAGGUCGAGUUUGAUCCGGUGAAGAAGGGAAAGAAGCCUGACAACAGAUACAAGAAGAGACGGCCAGGCACCCUUGCGGAAGAAUACCUCAGGAGACAAGGAACGAAACGGUGGUUGGAGACACAUAUCUGGCACGCCAAGAGGAUGAAAAUGGUCGAGACCUGGGGCUACAAGCUAGCGGAGCAUUCGAAUGAGCACGGAAUCAAGUCGGCAUACAAGUCCAGUCACCAUCAAUGCAUUCUCCAGGAUUCGUCGUACAAUGGCUGCCUUGAGAUCACAGGAUCCAAGAAGGAUAUUUCAGACGUCUUUACCCGUAUGCUGGACCCCACCAUGCCUACCAUCGGAAGUGCUAGAUACAUUACGGGAAAGAGGCAAUACACGACCUACUUGUAUGAAUCCGACAGUUUCCCCAAGAACCUCAUUGCACCGGCGACUUUUCUCUGGAAACAGGAACCACAAUCAGACAUCGCCAUGGAUGUGGAUGAGCUGUCAAAGCAGGGCCAACUUUGGGUUUGGAUCCACCCUUCGGCUUUUGAGUCUACCAAGGUGAUGAUUCAGGAAACCAUCGCGAAAACCAACAAGGCGGAUUUGGUCAAUGUCAAGGAUAUGGAGAACUCGCUGGUCAUGUUUGACUUUACUGGACCCCGCUCAACCGCGUUGCUGAAGGCUGUCCUCCAGCUCAGCCAGUCAGAUGCAGCAUUACCCUACCAAGAAGCACACAAGACGUGGGAAGCGAUUUGCAACAUGCGGUCGUCGUCUUCACUCCCCCCAGGCAUUGUUCUCGGUCUCCUCGCCGAGGAUCCUCGGCUCACGUUUCCACAUAAGGCUGAGGCUCGCCCUGCCAGUAUACCCGCCCAAGAAUCCAGGAGGGCACAGGAGAUCAUCACGCAAUGGCCAGAGACCGUGGCACGCUCUGGGAUCUGGGUCGCAGAAGGACGGGAGCAGCUGUUGAGCAGUAUGACCCCCGAGUCGAAAUUGAACGAACGUCGGUCACAAAACUUGGUCCCCGGAACGAAAUUGCUGCCUACAGAAUCUGACAGCAAGGUUCCUCUGCUCCUGAUUCAGCGAGAGGGUAAACCUCAGAUUCAACGGGCACCCAGAGGAGGAAGCAGCGAGUUUGAGUGCGGGUGGACGUUGGUCUUGCCCAAGGGGUGGGCGAUGCCGUUCUGGAAGAGCAUGAUCUUUGCAGGUGCUCGACCCGGUGGAUUGCGGGAACGCAGGAGUUUUCAUUUUGAGACGCACCAAUCAUGCUUUCCUUAUGACUUCCCUAAUACGGCAGCUUAUAUCGACUACGCACAGGAGAGUAAGAAGGCAGGAGAGCAAAAGUAUGGACGGAUCCCUGUCGCCAAGAGAUUCAACUACGAGAAGAUGGGUGUUGAGGAUCCCUUUGGCGCUACGUGGGUCAAAGCCUUGAAGGCGGGUGUCAUAAUGCUAGGAGGUGGUGAGCGCGAGGAUCUGAAGGAUGAGGAUAUCUGGUUGCUCCAAACUCCCAAGAUGGUUACGGCUCUGAUGGACGCUGCUAAGGCUGCUGGUGGAUCUUCGAGAGAGAUGGUGUCGAGGUUGACACUCGAGUCGUUGAACCUUGUUAUGGCGGACUGUCUUCAGGGACUGGUCAAGACAGCCCUUACUCCCUCACUGAUGAAGGAGCCAUCUGCACGGAUUGACGAGGCGUUGGUUAGAGUCGGUGUUGACUUUUUGGACAGGGGUACGAUUGGUAUGAACGGGAUGAUUUAUGCGAUCACCGAGGACCAGUACAUGGCGUGGGCUGCACGUGUACAAAUGAAGGGCAAGCGGACAGUGGAUGGACGGCCGCGCAAGGAGAAGAAGGCUAAGUCGUGGGUGGACUCUGACAGCGACGAGGAGAUGGAUGAAGACGAAGAGGAUGAGUCUACCAUGGACGAGCUCGAAAUGGAGAGGCCAGCAGGGGCGACUCUGCUUGGAUAUGUGACGACAGGACAAUAUUGCUAUAGUGAAGGAAAGAGCUAUGGCAUUGGGUGUGUCACUGCAACGGGACUUGCGCGAGUGAUUGAGCUAGAGACCAAGCAGCGGUUAGAGCACCCUCUGAGCUCUCAGGCCAGUGGUAAUGGAAGUGGAAGCAAGGCGGGCACAGGUCCUUCUACCCCUCUCAAGGUGCCUCGGAUGAUGGUCCUUGUCAGGAGUGUUCGCAGUAAGGCCUCCCGUCUUGCCAAGCUGACCAUUGUCUCGUGA